AUGGCUGAAAUUGAAAUUCCUCAAUAUUUUGUGUGUCCCAUUUCGUUUCAGAUCAUGAAGGACCCAGUGACAGCUAUGACGGGCAUAACAUACGACAGAGAAAGCAUAGAGCGAUGGUUGCUGAAGGCCAAAGAUUGUGUGUGCCCAGUUACCAAACAACCGUUGCCAAGAAGCUCUCAAUACUUAACCCCUAACCACACACUUAGAAGGCUAAUCCAAGCAUGGUGUUCAUCAAACACAGCCAAUGGUGUUGAUCAAAUCCCAACUCCAAAAACCCCUUUAAACAAUAUCCAACUUCAGAAGCUUGUGAAGGAUCUUGAGGUUCCUCAUUGUUACCAAACAUCGUUGGAGAAGUUGCAUGCCCUUGCUACAGAAAGCGAGAGGAACAGAACGUGCAUGAAUGAGGAAGGGGUAGCCAAGGCCAUGGUGAAGGUGAUUAACAAGAAUUUCAAAGAAGGGAACACCACUUGCAUAGAAGAAGCUAUGAGAAUUGUUCAUCUUCUUUGGAAUAACCAAGCCAUGAGGAUGAUGACCAACAACAACAUGAAAAAUCUUGUUGGAGAAAACUUGGACUUCAUCAACUCUUUGACUUGGGUUUUGAAGCUUCAUUUAAAUAACAACAUCAAGUUGGUAAAUGAAGCAGUGCCCCUUUUGAAGUUGACCAUUGAGGUUGCUGAUUCAACCUUGUUAGGGAGUUUAAGCCUUGAAUUCUUCAAAGAAAUUGUUAAGGUAUUAAAAAAGAGAGCACUCUCUCAACAAGCUAUUAAGUCUGCUUUGCAUGUGCUCAUAGGAACUAGUUCUUUGGGUAGAAACAGAAUGAAGAUUGUUGAAGCAGGUGCAGUUUUGGAACUCAUAGAGCUUGAUCUUGAAAAGCCAGAGAAGAACAUAACAGAACUCAUAUUCAACCUUUUGGCACAUCUUUGUUCUUGUGCUGAUGGAAGAGAGCAAUUUCUAAGACAUGCUGCGGGUAUAGCAUUGGUUUCAAAGAGGGUUUUGAGGGUUUCUGCUGCAACUGAUGAUAGAGCAAUUCAUAUAUUUUCAGUGAUUGCAAGGUUUUCAGCAUCAAAUGAGGUUGUUCUAGAGAUGUUGAGGGUCGGAGCCGUGUCAAAGCUUUGCAUGGUGAUGCAAGCAGAUUGUGCUUCGUAUUUGAAAGAGAAAGCAAGGGACAUCCUUAGGUUACACUCCAAAGCUUGGAAUAAUUCUCCUUGCAUACAAGUGUAUUUGUUAACUAGGCACCAAAGGUGA